AUUGGUGCCCCGUUUAUGAGAAGACGAGCAAAUGCAAAAGUCAAAAUGUCAACUUUUUGACCUAGCUCCAGAGAUAUUUCUUGGAUCUUCUUGAAUCUAAUCAAUCAUCUUCACUUCGAUUGUUAGGAUCAGAUCUCAACCGCGUUUGGUGCUACCAGAUUCACUCUUGAUUAAUCAACGAACGAAGUUGCGUGAUCUCAGAAUUGGAAAUUUGAUUUGAAACUCAACAUGGGAUACCUCAAUUCAUCCGUAUCAUCCGCCAUCGCGGGUCAACCCAACGGUGAGUCACCGGUGAGUGGUGGCGGUCUAAGCCAAGACUCAAAAUUCAGCUACGGAUUCGCCAGCUCACCCGGAAAGCGCUCAUCAAUGGAAGAUUUCUACGAGGCAAGAAUCGACGGUGUUGACGGUGAAACCGUCGGUCUCUUCGGCGUCUUCGACGGCCAUGGCGGCGCACGGGCGGCAGAAUACGUGAAACAACACCUCUUCACCAACCUAAUCAAACACCCGAAAUUCAUCUCCGACACCAAAGCCGCCAUAGCAGAAGCCUACUCCCACACGGAUACCGAGUUUCUCAAAUCCGAAAACAACCAGAACCGUGACGCAGGAUCCACCGCGUCCACGGCCAUCCUCGUUGGCGACCGGUUACUGGUCGCCAACGUGGGCGAUUCCCGCGCGGUUAUUUCCCGCGGCGGGAAGGCGUUCGCGGUUUCUCGGGACCACAAGCCCGACCAAACCGAUGAACGCCAGCGCAUCGAGGAUGCGGGCGGGUUCGUGAUGUGGGCGGGGACAUGGCGGGUGGGUGGGGUGCUCGCAGUGUCGCGGGCGUUUGGUGAUAAACUCUUAAAACAAUACGUGGUGGCGGAUCCGGAGAUUCAAGAGGAGAAAGUUGACAAUUCGCUUGAGUUUUUGAUUUUGGCGAGUGAUGGACUUUGGGAUGUUGUGACAAAUGAUGAAGCUGUGGCUAUGGUGAAACCGAUUGAGAGCCCUGAAGAGGCAGCGAAUAGGUUGAUGAUGGAGGCUUCACAGAGGGGUAGUGCUGAUAAUAUUACGAUAGUUGUGGUUCGUUUUUUGGAUAAUAAUAAUAAUAAUCAUGGUGGGUGUUCGACUUCUGAGAGAACAUAGAAAGAGAGAUGGAUAGAUCUCUUUGGGUUUAAUUUAUAGAUUUGGUGUUUUAUGUUUCUAGUGUUUGAACUUUCGACUGUGUUUUGUGUUGUUUUAAGUUCUUUUUUUCUUCUUUUCUUUAAGGUGUGCGUUGGAAAAGUAAUAAAUGUAUAAGUACUGUUUAUUUUAUAUGUCUAUUUAUGUAAUUUCAAAGUGUGCAAAGUACCUUUUGACUCUAA